AUGUUUCGCGCAGCGAUGCCAAUUGAUGCAUCAAUAGGUGUGCAUGAGGUACUCGAACUUCGUGAUCAAAAUGAGGAUGUUCAUCAUGGAAAAGGAGUUCCAAAGGUAGUUAAAAAUGUCAACGAACAAAUAGCUUCAGCAUUGAUUUCUAAAUUGGAUCCGACCCAGCAAAAAGAAAUCGAUGGAUUUCUUCUUCAGCUUGAUGGAACCGAGAAUAUAAAUGUGAGUGCUUCUAUCUUUUCAUUAAUGAUCGGCAUUCUAAUAGUCUAUAAAAGAUGUGAAUAA